AUGGAGGAAGUUAACAAUGUAGGGAGCAUGAGCUACCAGUGUGUGUGCCUAUCUGAUUGGGAAGGAAAUUUUUGUGAAGAAGAAUCCAAUGAGUGUAAAAUGAAUCCUUGCAAGAACAAUUCCACCUGUACUGACCCUUACAAAAGCUAUCGAUGUGAGUGUACAUCUGGAUGGACUGGACAGAACUGUAGUGAAGAAAUAAAUGAAUGCGACUCUGAUCCAUGCAUGAAUGGAGGUCUUUGUCAUGAAUCUACCAUCCCUGGACAAUUUGUAUGUCUGUGCCCACCCCUUUAUACUGGACAAUUUUGCCACCAACGCUAUAACCCUUGUGACCUACUUCAUAACCCUUGCAGAAACAACUCAACAUGCUUAGCUUUGGUAGACGCAAAUCAGCAUUGUAUUUGUAGAGAAGAAUUUGAAGGUAAAAACUGUGAAAUUGAUGUGAAAGAGUGCCUCUUCCUUUCCUGCCAGGAUUAUGGUGACUGUGAAGAUAUGGUCAACAAUUUCAGGUGUAUUUGCAGACCUGGGUUUUCUGGAUCUCUGUGUGAAAUUGAAAUUAAUGAAUGUUCCUCUGAACCUUGCAAAAAUAAUGGAACAUGUGUGGAUCUGACAAACAGAUUUUUUUGUAAUUGUGAACCUGAGUACCAUGGGCCCUUCUGUGAACUUGAUGUAAAUAAAUGUAAAAUCUCACCUUGUCUAGAUGAAGAAAAUUGUGUCUACAGGACUGAUGGAUACAACUGCUUCUGUGCCCCUGGUUAUACAGGCAUCAACUGUGAAAUAAAUCUAGAUGAAUGCCUAUCAGAGCCCUGUCUCCAUGAUGGAGUUUGUAUCGAUGGCAUGAAUCAUUAUACCUGUGACUGCAAGAGUGGGUUUUUUGGAACACACUGUGAAACAAACGCCAAUGAUUGCCUUUCAAGUCCUUGUCUACAUGGAAGGUGCACAGAACUUAUUAAUGUAUAUCCAUGUUCAUGUGAUGCAGAUGGGACUAGCACACAAUGUAAGAUCAAAAUUAAUGACUGCACAUCAAUCCCUUGUAUGAAUGAAGGCUUCUGUCAGAAGUCAGCACAUGGAUUUACUUGCAUUUGCCCACGUGGAUACACUGGUGCAUACUGUGAAAAAAGGAUUGAUAAUUGUGUUGAGCCUGAACUUAAUUCAGUCAUCUGUCUUAAUGGAGGGAUCUGUGUUGAUGGGCCUGGACAUACUUUUGACUGCAGCAUGAAGCCAGUGGAAUUCAGGCUGAAGAUGCCUGCUUCUUUUCCUGGCAUAUUUCCCAGGGAUAAGCAUAGGCAUUCAUUACUGCUAUAAAGUUAUUCAAACUGUAUUUAAAUAGGAGUCAUCUAUCUCCAAAAUUAUCAUUGCGGAUUCAAUGUGUUUAAAAGCCCCUGAAGAUCUGUCAAUGGUAAUGCCUUGGGAGGUGCAGUUUCUACUGGGACUCCACGCUACACUAUGAGAAGUCAGAGCUGGUGCCAAGUCAACACAGUCCUUAGAUAGUUUACUUACCAAAGAAAACUCAUAUUCUAGGAUAGAAGGUAGUGCUUUUCAGUCAAAUUAUGAGAUUUGUUCAUGGGUUAAGGGUUAAU